UUCUGUGUGUGGCUGGCAAUGUUGUUAAUCUAUGCUUUAUCUUGAUUCUUGAGGAAAUGGUUGGAACUUUUUACUUAUGGAUUUACCAUUGUAGAUUUAUAAAUGGUGAACAUCAUAUGAACAUAGGUUUUUUCGAAAGAAAAUAUCAGAAGUCUAGAAUUAUGUCUUUAAUGACUAGAAAGAGCAAUGCGAGCUAUGACAUCUAUUUGUUAGAAAAAAACAUUAAAUGUCACAGAUUCUCAAUAAUAUCUCAGAGACCAUCCCUUCAAUGACCUCACCUCUUUGGCUUAGCUGUCUCUCUAUUUAAGAUCUCUUCAUGCAACUCUAAUUCCACCAUUAUAAAUUAUAAAAAAAUAAAACGAACAAAACCCAAAAAAGAAAAAAGAAUUGGGUUUUGUUUUUUUAUUCAUUGUAAAAUCCAGACAUGGAGAGAGCCUCUUCUUCCUCUGACUCGUCAUCAUCAUCAUCCAUGGCUUCUUCUUCUGAUCAGUCUCUUUCCAUCAACUCCGAUCAAACCUCACCUCUCAUGGCGUCUUCCAUGCUUUCCCGCACGUCAUCCUCUUCGUCCUCCGCCGUCGGAGACUACAUCGGGACAGAGAGCUGCUUCGACGUGCUCUCAGCGGACGAAGGAAGCGACGUCGUCUCCGCUGCUUCGGAGCCUGUAAAAAGCAGGUUUCGUUACGGAGGAAGGAGGAGGGAAGAGAGAGAAGCUAGAGCUGCGGCGGCGCGUGAGUUUCCUCCUCCGAUACCUUUGCUUGCUCAGACUGGGAAUCUUCUCCCGCACAUGCCGUGGGUUCUGAAGCGUGUGGUGACGAGCGACGGGAGACUUAUCCUGAGAGAAGAGAAGGUUCGUCAUCAUGAGUAUUUUCGUGCGAACAGAUCCAAUGGUCGCCUCACUCUCCACCUUGUUCCUUUGGACGAUGACGUUUUCGAACUUCCUCAAGAACCCUCUCAUUACCAAACUGAUGAUGAUGAAGAUGAUGAUGGUGAUGAUGAGGACGAGGAUGAUGAGCAUGAGUGUGGUGAUAAUGAUGAUGAUCAUCAAGAAGAAGAAGAGGUGGUAGAUGAUUUGGAUGACCUGGCGGAUAGUUUAAAUAAGGGUGUUACUGUUACUGACCCUAAAGAUGAGGAUAAGGGCAAUGUGCAUGGUGGUGAGAUUGAAGAUGGAUAUAGGAAGGCUAUAUUAGCAGUGGAGGAGACGGUGGCGGAGAGUGGAGUGUUGAUUGGAGGAGGAGGCGGAGGAUCGCCGAGAGGAAAGUGUUUGAAGUCAUGUUUUGUUGGUCUGAGAAUUCAAGAGAUCAGACCAGUUCUUAGUUGAUUCUUAUUAUUAAGUAGUCCUUUGUUAAUUAGCUUUAUUUUGUUUUGGUGGAGGAGAAAAUUAUUAUCGAAGAAGAGAGUAAUAAAAAAUUACUACCCGGCUUAAUUGUUAAUUUAUGAAAUAUUGAGGGUUUUUGUUUCAUUAAAA